GGUGAAGGUGGGCGCUACAGCAUCAGCAUCUCAGGUUGGACGGGCCGACAAACGACAGCCAACUGUCAGUUUGUAAUCAACGCGUGCCAACAGCAGCGGCGGCAGCUGUGCGUGUGCAUAAGAAACUUUUCGGGCCAUCAACCUCUCAACCUAUCAACUUCUCAACCUUUCGAACUCUCCUCACCCCGGAAUCCAGUUCUAUGCCGUGACCUUUAGCCCAUCGAUGGAUAACAAAUGGCAGCAUUACAUUGCUGACGAAAACCCAUUGUGCCAAAGCCGGAGACUAAUCACUUAACUAUUUAUAAACCAACGCACAUGCACAGUGAACACAGAAACAAAGUGAAUUAAAUGUUCUUUAAUUUGCGGAGUGCAAUCAGGGGUGGCUUCUAAAGUGAAAUCAAAAUUUGUGCUUAACAGAAGGGUCAAGCUUACAAGGAAAUGCCCAAAUUGUUUAAAGAAUAUUUUAUAACAAAUUUAACAACCUUUGGACUGUUUAAAGUCAAAGUGAUAUUAAUAGACAAAGUUACAUGUAUAAUACUUUGAAAGUAAAAAGGCAAGAAUAAAUUAUAAAAGUUAUAAAUUUCAAAAACAAAACACGAGUUAAUAGACUUUGCUUUAAAAUAAGCCCAAGUUGCUUAUUAUAAUUAUUAGUAUUAUUAUUAUUAUGUGAUACUAUGUCUAUCAAGCAUGUUAUGCUAUUACUUAUUUGAGGUAUUCCUUAAUCUGCGUUUAAUCAUUUACCAUUUAUGUCAAGGCUAAAGAACCAUUAAAGUGUUAUUUCAGACCGCAAAAUGAGUUAUUUUAUGAGUUAUCUAGAAAUAUCUAUUUUAAUUUGACAUAAAAUGUUAAUCUCAUUGGGUUAUGGCUUUUUAUCUAUUUUUAAAAUCAGUGCGAUAUAAUCAUUGUAUUGGUUUAGGAAAUAGUGAAGAUAGUUUCUUAUAAAUCUUAUACAUACAUUUUUUGCCGUGCACCGUGAGAGAUACUUGUAUCCGAGAGAUGCAGUUUUGAGUACUCGUAUUGUCGAUGUUAGAUUGUGUGCUCAAGCUGUUUGUCUUACGGGUGUGGACGAGUAGACGACUUCAGCUGGGGAGAUGGAUGGAGACUGGCUGUAGUUUCAUCCGAUCGAAGGUCGCCCAGCACUGAGAUUCCCAUUCCGAUUCCGAUUGUUCAGCCGUAGGAAUUCUUUUGGGGGAACAUGUGCCUGAUUUAUUUAUUGCCAAACUUUCGAGCGAUCCAAACAGAGCAAUAUGAAAACAACUGAAAAUACGCUGCUCGCCGGAGACUAUUUGCCAGCUGGUCCGAAAUUGAAUUGUAAAUGGCAAUAUUAAUUGGAAAUCAUUUAAAUUUUUUUUCUCUCGGUCUAUGCAUGUUCGGCGGCAUAAUUUAUGGGCGCUAAUUACUUUCGCCCAGUUGUAUUUCGUAUGCUGUCCAAGGCCAAUUACGCUUACUUAUUGCAAUUUAUGUGGCCGCAGUCCGGCCGUAAUUGGAAAUUGUGUAAGGUCGCAGGCAAUUCCAUUAUUUGUAUGCAGUUCUGGUCUCCGGUCUUCGUUCUCGGGUCUCCGUUCUCUGGUCUCUGGCGUUUUUUCUAAUGACGCCACCGCGCCGGCAACCCAGCCCAGUUUGUGUAGCCAUUUGAUUAAGUGACCUUAUACCUUAUACCUUAUACCCUAUACACGCAGGAUCAAUUUGCAGAUGUCGAGUGCGGUGCGAAGGUAAGCUCCACUCUUAGAGCCUGUGCUAUCCGCCGGAAUGGCGUUGGAAGGCGGCCUGCAACAUGCGGAUGCCAGUGCCAUGCUGCUGUACUCCAAGUUCCUGUCCACAGCGCUGACUGUGGCUACUGCGAACAACUCCAUCCAAACCACGGCGGCCCCAACUGGUGAGACAACCACUAAUGGACUCAAGGUGGGUGUGCCCUCGAUGAACUCCUAUCUGGCGAGCAUGGCGUGGCCCAAAUCGCUAGCGGUGGUCGUCUUCCUGGUCAUCAUUCUUGUCACCGUGGUCGGCAAUACACUCGUCAUCCUUGCCGUUUUGACCACACGCCGAUUGCGAACUGUCACCAACUGUUUCGUGAUGAACCUGGCCAUCACCGACUGGCUGGUGGGAACGUGCGUGAUGCCCCCAUCGGUGGUUCUCUACAUAACAGGCACUUGGCGCUUCGGCUGGAUUCUGUGCGACAUUUGGAUCUCGCUGGACAUCCUGCUCUGCACCGGCUCCAUCCUCAGCCUGUGCGCCAUCAGUCUGGACAGGUAUCUGGCCGUCACACAACCAUUGACGUACUCCAAGAAGCGGCGCUCCAAACGGCUGGCCCUGCUCAUGAUACUCGUCGUGUGGAUAACGGCUCUGUCAAUCACAUGUCCGCCCUACUUGGGCUGGUACGAGGCGGGCAGACAUCAGGCGGAGUUCGUGGACUGCCGCUACAACCAAAACAAGGGCUACGUGGUCUUUUCGGCAAUGGGAUCAUUCUUCAUUCCCCUCACGGUGAUGCUGUACGUCUACGUUAAGAUUGGUUAUGUGCUCACAUCACGGCGACAGCGCAUUGUGCGCGAUGCGAACUCCGAGCGCACGGCGGACUACGAUGUGGACGGGGACAACUUCAUUUCGGAGUCGGAGCACUAUCACUGCACGCCAACCAAGUGGCUGCCGAACAGGAAGUCCCGCUGGAGGUUCAGCUCGCUUCACGACCCACCUGCGAACAUGACCAAGGGGCAGCAGUCAUCCGUCAAGUGCCCCAAGUGCUCGACGCCGGCAACCGGAGUAGCAGUUCCAGCGGCGGCGGUGGCCGACAAAACGCUGACGUUCAAGCACCAGCCCACCUUCUACGAGCUGGUCGAGGUGUCGCGUCUCUCCUCGCUCAUUCACUGCUCGGCAAUUAGCUGCAAAUACGGCGGACCCUGCAUGCACUCCACGCCCUCUGGCCUGCACUACGUGGGCACGGAUGGUGGUUCCUUCUCGGACACCUGCCUGGGUGCCAGUGCCUCCGCAUUGGAGGUCAGCGAGAAACUGGAGGCGGAAUCUCACGCCCACGCCCACGCACACGCCCACUCCCAGCAGAAGCAGAAGCAGCAGGAGCAACAGCAGCACCACCCACAUGGCCAUCAUCAUCAUCAUAAUCAUGGCUCCCAGAGCCAUCACAACCAUCAUCAUCGCAUGCCGAUGCGAGUUUCGACCACGAAACGUGAUAGCAAGACCGCCAAGACCCUGACAAUUGUGAUGGGCGGCCUAAUUGCUUGCUGGCUGCCCUUCUUCGUCUAUUACCUACUGAUACCGUUCCUGCCCCGGCCCGCCGUCCUCGAGGACCUCAUGUUCGGCUUCACCUGGAUUGGCUGGGUCAACUGCGCCAUCAACCCCUUCAUCUACGCCUUCUACAAUCCGGACUUUCGCACUGCCUUCUGGCGUCUCACCUGCCGGCCCAUCUGCAAGCAGAAGCGUCCGCCCAACCACCUGGCCAUGUUCCGUGGCUAGUUUCCAGCAGCCGGAGAUCAGGGAAGACAUGGGAGUCAUUUGGGCCACAGUCACAGUCACUAGUCGCACUAUAGGAGCUCAGGUUGGGUGGGUUUGGUUUGGUGGCUACUUACAGGAGUUAUCUCAGACUUAUCUUUCACCCCUUUCUUUUUGCUGCUUCAACAACUUUCAGCUCCUCUGCUCACAAAACAAAGAGGAAAGUUAGAAAUUGGCCAGAAAUUCUCAUGAUAAUCACAUCACAAUCAAUUAAAGAGAACACGUCAAUUUACUUAAUUAAUAAAAGGCGUUGCUCAUGUGUACAACUAAAGUAAUGUCAAUUAAAUACAAUUUUAAAGUACAUUUUAUAAAAAUAAUAACAUUACAUUUCCAUUUCCUUUUUAUUGAAAUGUCAGAUUGGUAACAAUGCCAAUAAAAUACAAUUUUAAAGUCAAUUUUAUAAAAGAUCACAUUUAAUUUCCAUUUCUUUAUUAUCUGAAAUGGCAAAUUCUGUUGAAAAAGUAAUGGUAAUUAAAUUCCAUAUUUGAGAAUGAAUUAUUGUUUUUUUUUUUUGUUGAAACUGAAAUUCCAUUAUUGGUAUGUGCUGUUAAGCGCCUGACUGAUUUUAUUUUCACAGAAAGAAUUAACUAUCAGAAGCAUUAUUAUUAACAAAAAAUCAUAAGUUUGUUAGAAUGAAAGUGGUAUUUGAGCAGAUUAAGGCAAUUCAGUGAGCUUUGAACGAAAUGUUGGCUAUUAUCUCAUGAAUUGAGCAUAUUUUUCAAAGACUUAAGCUUUCCGUUACACCAUUUCCACGACAAAGGCAGCUCCUAAAACUAAGAUACCUACGGUCAAUAUUGAUUUGGAGAAGACAGCCUUGUUAGGACGAGAAGAUACCCUUUGAGGCUUCGAAAGCCUUUUGCUGAGCAGUAUCUUUAAAGCCACUUCAUGGCAGUAGCAGUAGCAGUAGCAGUAUCUUUUUAAACCUAGUGGACUUGGCCGGAAGUCGAGAUUCUCUCCUAGACCAGACCAUCUCCAUUCCCAAUCCUAUUUAGUAUGUUCGUGCCUGAGCUUUGAUUGUGCAAAGAACGAAACGAUACAAAAGACAAAUUAUAGUAUUUGCGAGUCUUUGUUGCCUGACGGCAACUGUUGACCAUCAGGAUGAGCAGGAUGUGGACGAUGCUGAUGAUGCUGACGAGGCUAGGCUCCUGUCGCCUCAUCCGCCUUUGUUGUGUGCGUCUAGUUUGUGUGUAGUGUGCAGUGUGCAGUUUGUAGUAGGAAGUGUGCAGGAGCUGCCAACGACAUUUCUGGCGUAUCCUUUGUUGGCCAAGUCCGGUCAAGAGCGGCCUAACCCCGCAGGCACGGUACACGUACACAGUGUCCGGCCAACCCAUUUAAUGUUUUAGCAAUCGCACGGCGCUCGGCGCACAAGCGAAAGCGAAAGUGAAACUGUAACUAAAACCGGACGGGCUGGCUUUAGAGCUGCACUUGAGCCUAUCUCCACACCCAGACCCCAUCCUCUCCACCCUCCUUUCCGACCUCCUAUGUCCACACACUCACUAGGCUCGUUAAGCAUUUUAGUCCAACUAAUUUGUAUAGUUGUAUUAUACAUAUAUCAUACUUGUACCCCACUGUGUAUGUACUUUAUAAAUGUUCACUUGAAAUGGAUCUCUGUAAAGGACCUAUCGGCCUGCCGAAAGAGUUCUGUCGAAAUAAACUUUAAGUUAAA